CGGAGGCGCGGAGCCGCGCAGGGGCGGCGGGCCCGGCUCGGGCUCGGCUCGGCCCGGCUCGGCUCGGUUUGGCUCGGCUCGGCCCGGCCCGGCUCGGCGCGGGCGGGCGGGGAUGCGGGAGGGGCGGCCCGGCGCCCGCCGCCACCAUGAAGAAGCAAUUCAACCGCAUGCGCCAGCUCGCCAACCAGACCGUGGGCAGGGCUGAGAAGACAGAGGUUUUGAGUGAAGAUCUCCUGCAGGUGGAAAAGCGCCUGGAGCUGGUGAAGCAGGUCUCGCACAGCACCCACAAGAAGCUGACGGCAUGUCUGCAGGGCCAGCAAGGCGUGGAUGCCGACAAGCGCUCGAAGAAGCUGCCGUUGACAACGCUGGCGCAGUGCUUGAUGGAGGGAUCGGCUGUGCUGGGUGAUGACUCCUUGCUGGGGAAGAUGCUGCGGCUGUGCGGGGAGGUGGAGGACAAGCUGGCUCAGGAGCUCAUCCACUUCGAGCUGCAGGUGGAGCGGGAUGUCAUCGAGCCCCUCUUCGUGCUGGCUGAGGUGGAAAUCCCGAAUAUCCAAAAGCAGAGGAAGCACUUGGCAAAGCUCGUGCUGGACAUGGACUCUUCCAGGACGCGGUGGCAGCAGUCGGCGAAGUCCUCGGGUUUGGCCAGCAACCUGCAGCCCUCGGGCGCCAAAGCUGAUGCUCUCCGGGAGGAGAUGGAGGAGGCAGCCAACAGAGUGGAGAUUUGCAGGGACCAGCUCUCGGCUGACAUGUACAAUUUUGUGGCCAAAGAAGUAGACUAUGCAAACUAUUUCCAAACUCUGAUCGAGGUGCAGGCCGAGUACCAUCGGAAAUCCUUAGCGCUUUUGCAGAACGUCCUGCCUCAAAUUAAAGCCCAGCAGGAGGCGUGGAUGGAGAAGCCCUCCUUUGGGAAGCCCUUGGAGGAGCACCUGGCUGUCAGCGGGCGAGAGAUCGCCUUCCCUGUGGAAGCGUGUGUGACGAUGCUGCUGGAGUGCGGCAUGCAGGAGGAGGGUCUCUUCCGAGUGGCUCCCUCAGCUUCCAAGCUGAAGAAGCUCAAGGCUGCCCUGGACUGCUGUGUGGUGGACGUGCAAGAGUACUCGGCAGACCCACACGCCAUUGCAGGAGCUCUCAAAUCCUACCUGCGAGAGCUGCCAGAGCCCCUCAUGACAUUUGAGCUGUAUGAGGAGUGGAUCCAGGCCUCCAACAUCCCGGAGCAGGAGAAGAGGCUGCAGGCUCUCUGGAAUGCCUGUGAGAAGCUUCCCAAAGCCAACUACAACAACAUCAGGUACCUGAUCAAAUUCCUGGCCAAGCUGACUGAGUACCAGGAUGCGAAUAAGAUGACGCCAAGCAAUGUGGCCAUCGUGCUGGGACCCAACCUCCUCUGGCCACAGGCAGAUGGGAACAUGACAGAGAUGAUGACGACCGUCUCGCUGCAGAUCGUGGGAAUUAUCGAGCCACUCAUCCAGCAUGCUGACUGGUUUUUCCCUGGAGACAUCGAGUUCAAUGUGACAGGCAACUACGGCAGCCCCAUGCACAUCAACCACAACGCCAACUACAGCUCCAUGCCCUCCCCGGACAUGGACCACGCCGACCGCCGGCAGCACGACCAGGCGCGGCGGCCCCUCAGCGUGGCCACGGACAACAUGAUGCUGGAGUUCUACAAGAAGGAUGGCCUUAGGAAAAUCCAAAGCAUGGGUGUCAGGGUGAUGGACACCUCGUGGGUGGCCCGACGAGGCCCCUCAGGGGCACGGAAGGCAUCCUCGCCGGCCACUCAGCCCCCCGCGCCGCCUGCCGAGCUCCCCACCACCCCGCACUCACCCAUUCCCGAGGCGGUGGAUAUUUCAGCUACCCCAUCCCCAACUCCCACCAGCUUCGCCUUUCCCCCGGCAACCGAGCGGACAAGCGCUCCGAGGCCCAAGGACCCCCCCCCCGGGGAGCCGAGCCCACCGCCCCCUCGCCAAGGUCUGCUCCGUUUUGAGGUCCCCUCCCUCCAGGUCCCCCCAGAUUCCGCCCUGCGCCGGGACCCUCCGGAGGCACCGCAGAGACUCUCGGGGCCAGGCCCGGCCGCCCGGCAAGAGGAGGAGGAGGAAUCGGAGAGCACAGCCCUAUGACAGUGUCCCUGUCCCCAAGCUCAUCCUUGUGGCACCGGCCACCGGCACCGAGGGCCACCGGCACGCCAGCUUUGGGUGGCAAAGUGCCCGGUUUUGGGGCAGUGGCUGUUCUUUAUUCUCAUUUUGUUUCGCCUUAUCCAGACUUUGCCUUUCGACCGGGUGCUCCCAUGGUCCUGGGGCGAUGCCACCAUCUCCUCCGGGCCCCAGAUGCCAGCGGGUACCGGCCAGGUGGUGACAACCAACUCACCGGUGUCAUUCCUUCAGCUUCUUCCCCCUCCACUUGUUUGCUGGAGCAGGAUGGGACCUGAGCAGCAAUAACGUGGGGACGCGGGCUCUCGGGAUGCCGGUGGGCGAGGGUGUGCGUCCCUUGGCACCCGCUGUCCCCAUGGGUUGGUGGCUUUGGUUGUGCAUGCGAAGAUAAAUUAACCCUUUAUCCUUUCCGGAGAGAUAAGAGAGAGAGGUAUCUAUAUGGGCAGAGAGAGGUAUCUAUAUGGUCAGAGAGAGGUAUAUAUAGUAUAUAUUUGUAUAUAUAGAGAGA